UAUAAUCACAACUAAACACUAGGGUUCUGCAGCCAUAUAAAACACCGCAAAGAAAACCUUCAUCUCCUACUCAGCUUACCCUAGCAGUGGCAGCCUCUCCUCUUCCAGGUGAUUUAGAGCUUAAACUGUAUUUGGGGUAGCAAAUCAAAACCAGACAAGAUGCAGAACGAAGAGGGACAAAACAUGGAUCUUUACAUCCCCAGGAAAUGCUCCGCCACAAACAGGCUUAUCACCUCCAAGGACCAUGCGUCUGUUCAGAUUAAUAUUGGUCAUUUGGAUGCCAGUGGUCGUUACACUGGCCAGUUCACCACAUUUGCGCUAUGUGGCUUCGUCCGUGCCCAGGGUGAUGCUGACAGUGCCGUGGACAGGCUUUGGCAAAAGAAGAAGACUGAACUCCGCCAGCAGUAACUGCAUUAGAGUUUUGUUUUUGUUCUUUAAACAUUGUUAGUGCAAGAAAGUGAUAACUGCUCAUUUUCGUGAACCAUGUUCUUUUAGCUCUCUACCCGAACAAGAAUCUAUUACUUAGCUAUUAUAUUUUCAAAUUUCGUUAUGUCCAAGAUUUUAAUAAUUUUCCAUUCAAGUUUUG